GUUUGACUUCGCUGCUGAGUGUCCAACAUUUAAAGGAGGAGGGUUGUUCCGACAGCACAACUCCUCCUUGUGUCUGUGAUGGCGAGCCUUCUACGUGUGGUUGCUAGCAGCUGCUCCAGCCCUCUCUUCAGCGGGGCGGUCUGCGUUAAGCUUCAGAGCGUUCGGACAGUGAAGACACCAGGCCUGCGAUUCUUUAGAACCCACCAGGCUCUCACCCGCUGUGCUAGCCCAGGUAUCCCUUAUAAACAACUUACUGUCGGUGUUCCGAAGGAGAUCUUCCAGAAUGAGCGUCGAGUUGCGCUAUCUCCUGCUGGAGUGGAGGCCCUCAUUAAACAGGGUUUCAGCGUGGUGGUGGAGUCCGGAGCCGGGGAGCACGCCAAGUUCCCCGAUGAGCUGUACACCCGGGCUGGAGCCACCAUCAAGGACGUGAAGGAUGUCCUUGCGUCUGACCUUCUUGUCAAGGUGCGUGCUCCCAUGUUAAAUCCAGCGCUGGGAGUCCACGAGGCCGAGCUGAUGAAGGACGGCGCUACCCUGGUCAGCUUCAUCUACCCAGCCCAGAACCCUGAGCUCCUGGACCUGUUGUCCCAGAGGAAAGCCACGGUCCUGGCCAUGGACCAGGUUCCCCGUGUCACCAUCGCCCAGGGCUACGACGCCCUCAGCUCCAUGGCCAACAUCGCAGGAUACAAGGCAGUGGUACUGGCAGCAAACAACUUUGGACGCUUUUUCACCGGUCAGAUCACCGCUGCUGGGAAGGUCCCGCCCGCCAAGGUGUUGAUUAUCGGAGGCGGAGUAGCAGGCUUGGCUGCGGCGGGCACUGCCAGGGCAAUGGGAGCCAUCGUUCGAGGUUUUGACACCAGAGCGGCUGCGCUCGAGCAGUUUAAGUCGCUGGGUGCAGAGCCUCUGGAGGUAGAUGUGAAGGAGUCUGGGGAAGGCCAAGGUGGCUAUGCUAAGGAGAUGUCCAAGGAAUUCAUCGAGGCUGAGAUGAAGCUGUUUGCCAAGCAGUGUUUGGAUGUUGACAUCCUCAUCAGUACCGCACUCAUUCCCGGUCGUACGGCGCCUAUCCUCAUUACGAAGGAAAUGAUUGAGAGCAUGAAGGACGGAUCUGUGGUGGUGGACUUGGCAGCGGAGGCAGGUGGGAACAUUGAGACCACCGUUCCAGGGGAACUCUCUGUCCACAAAGGUGUGAUCCACAUUGGCUACACAGAUCUUCCCAGUCGCCUCCCCACUCAGUCCAGCACCCUGUACUCCAACAACAUCAUCAAGCUUCUUCGUGCCAUUAGUCCAGACAAGGAAAAGUUCCACUUUGAGGUCAAAGACGAGUUUGAUUAUGGUACCUUGGACCACGUUGUUCGGGGUUCUGUUGUCAUGCAGGACGGAAAAGUGCUUUUCCCAGCGCCACAGCCCAAUAACGUCCCGGUUGCCGCACCACCUAAAGCCAAGACUGUCCAGGAGUUGGAGAAAGAGAAGGCAGCGACCGUUUCACCCUUCAAGGCAACCAUGACUACUGCUGGGGUUUACACCGCAGGACUGGGCUCACUUCUUGGCCUUGGCCUCUCUGCCCCCAACGCUGCUUUCACCCAGAUGGUGACGACCUUCGGCUUGGCGGGAAUUGUGGGAUAUCACACAGUGUGGGGCGUCACUCCUGCUCUUCACUCUCCCCUCAUGUCUGUCACCAAUGCCAUCUCUGGUUUGACUGCCGUGGGGGGGUUAUCCCUCAUGGGUGGCGGAUACACUCCUACCAGCACUGCUGAGACCCUGGCUGUGCUGGCUGCUUUCAUCUCCUCUGUCAACAUCGCCGGUGGUUUCCUGGUAACUCAGAAGAUGUUGGACAUGUUCAAACGACCCACUGACCCUCCCGAGUACAACUACCUGUAUCUUCUUCCCGCUGGUGCAUUUGUUGGAGGCUAUGGUGCAGCUCUGCAGAGCGGCUAUAACAUUGAACAGAUGAUGUACCUGGGCUCUGGCCUGUGCUGCGUCGGAGCUCUUGGCGGUCUGUCGGCGCAGUCCACAGCGCGUCUGGGGAACGCCUUGGGCAUGAUCGGGGUUGCUGGGGGUGUCGCUGCCACCUUGGGGGCCUUGAAACCCUCCCCUGAGCUCUUGGCACAAAUGAGUGCAGCCAUGGCAGUGGGUGGCACCGCUGGUCUGACCAUUGCUAAGAGGAUCCAGAUAACAGACCUGCCACAGCUGGUCGCAGCCUUCCACAGCCUGGUUGGCUUGGCCGCCGUACUCACCUGCGUAGCUGAGUACAUGAUUGAAUACCCUCACUUUGCCACCGACCCUGCCGCCAACCUCACCAAGAUUGUGGCCUACCUGGGAACCUACAUCGGCGGCGUCACCUUCAGUGGCUCUCUGGUCGCCUACGGGAAACUGCAGGGUAUCCUGAACUCCUCUCCCUUGCUCCUCCCCGGCCGCCACGCUUUGAACGCUGGACUCCUGGCUGCCAGUGUGGGUGGGAUGGUCCCAUACAUGCUGGAUCCCAGCUACACAAUGGGUCUGACCUGCCUGGGCUCUGUUUCCACCCUGUCUGCCGUCAUGGGCGUGACCCUGACUGCAGCCAUCGGUGGUGCCGACAUGCCCGUGGUCAUAACAGUACUGAACAGCUACUCCGGAUGGGCCCUGUGUGCUGAGGGCUUCCUGCUCAACAACAACCUGCUGACCAUUGUUGGAGCUCUGAUUGGUUCCUCCGGAGCCAUCCUCUCCUAUAUUAUGUGUGUGGCUAUGAACCGCUCCCUGGCUAAUGUCAUCUUGGGUGGCUACGGCACGUCUUCCACGGGGACGGGGAAACCCAUGGAGAUCACGGGCACCCACACGGAGGUCAAUGUGGAGCAGAGCGUGGAGAUGAUCAAGGAGGCUCAGAACAUCAUCAUCGUUCCGGGUUACGGUUUGUGUGCCGCUAAAGCUCAGUAUCCCAUUGCUGAGCUGGUGAAGAUGCUGGCAGAGCAAGGCAAAAAAGUCAGGUUUGGCAUCCACCCUGUGGCAGGACGUAUGCCUGGGCAACUCAACGUGCUGCUGGCUGAGGCUGGUGUGCCCUAUGACGUGGUCCUGGAGAUGGAUGAGAUUAAUGAGGAUUUCCCUGAGACCGACCUGGUUCUGGUCAUCGGAGCCAACGAUACGGUGAACUCUGCUGCACAGGAAGACCCUAACUCCAUCAUAGCUGGCAUGCCAGUCCUGGAGGUGUGGAAGUCCAAACAGGUGAUCGUGAUGAAGAGGUCUCUCGGGGUUGGAUACGCCGCUGUGGACAACCCCAUCUUUUACAAGCCUAACACAGCCAUGCUUUUGGGAGAUGCGAAGAAGACAUGCGACGCUCUAGCAUCCAAGGUCCGUGAGGGGUAAAGACCAAGGGAGGAACUCUAACCUCGCCCUGCCUCUGUCAGGUGGUUAAAUAAGCAGUGUGCCAUGCAAAAAAAAAAAAAAAAAAACCUCCAGAGAGACAUGGUAUGGGCACAGUGAACAAACCCUUAGACGUAGUAUUAAUUUACGAUCAUUUUCCUAAAAACCCUUUUUUUUUU